CAUUACUAAUUCUAUAAUAGACAGUGUGUAACCUUCAUAUAAUAAAAAAAAAUUAUAACCACGCACGCUGCCUUUACUAAAUUGCAAAACUCUACGGUGCUUAGCCGGCUUUCAAUGUCGAUUAGCUCCCAUCAGUGGUAUACGUCGACGAUCCAUCGUAUAUUCCCAAGAGCGAAGCAACCUGACGAAAAUUUGGCAACGGUCGUCUAUUGGCUAUGAUGUUCAAUUAAAAAUUGGACUGUCAAACAAUCUUUAUAUUGUUUCUUGGACCAAUCGAUUUAAAACUCAAUCAUCUCACGAAGACUUGGUGGUAAAUCACGAAGCUUUUUUAACAGCAAAGCAAACAAAGACCGAUUUUUUGGAGGAAAUGACUCUCCCAAGUGCAGCUCGUGUGUACACAGAUGUGAAUGCACACAAACCAGAUGAAUAUUGGGAUUAUGAAAAUUAUGUUGUCGAUUGGGGAAAUCAAGACGAUUAUCAAUUGGUCCGUAAAUUAGGACGUGGAAAGUAUUCUGAGGUAUUCGAGGCUAUUAAUAUUACUACCACAGAGAAGUGCGUGGUUAAAAUUUUAAAACCCGUAAAAAAGAAGAAGAUUAAGCGGGAAAUUAAGAUUUUGGAGAAUUUGCGCGGUGGAACUAAUAUUAUAACUUUGCUAGCUGUUGUCAAGGAUCCAGUGUCUCGGACGCCGGCAUUAAUUUUUGAACACGUCAACAACACGGACUUUAAACAACUUUACCAAACAUUAACUGAUUAUGAGAUUCGAUACUAUUUGUUUGAGCUUUUGAAGGCUCUUGACUACUGCCACAGCAUGGGAAUUAUGCAUCGUGAUGUCAAGCCCCAUAAUGUAAUGAUCGAUCAUGAAAACCGUAAACUACGUCUUAUAGAUUGGGGCCUCGCUGAAUUUUAUCAUCCUGGUCAAGAGUAUAAUGUUCGCGUAGCAUCUCGGUAUUUCAAAGGACCCGAGUUACUGGUAGAUUACCAGAUGUACGACUAUUCACUUGAUAUGUGGUCAUUAGGCUGUAUGUUGGCAUCUAUGAUAUUUCGAAAAGAGCCUUUCUUCCAUGGUCAUGAUAAUUACGAUCAAUUGGUACGCAUUGCCAAGGUGCUGGGCACCGAAGAGCUCUACGCUUAUUUAGAUAAAUACAAUAUUGACCUAGAUCCACGUUUCCACGACAUUCUGCAAAGGCACUCACGAAAGCGAUGGGAAAGGUUUGUUCAUUCUGAUAACCAACAUCUAGUUUCUCCUGAAGCACUCGACUUUCUGGAUAAAUUAUUACGCUAUGAUCAUGUUGACCGUCUUACUGCUCGUGAAGCUAUGGCUCAUCCAUAUUUUUUACCGAUUGUCAACGGGCAAAUGAACCCCAAUAAUCAGCAAUAGGAAAAGAUUUCAUUUUGAUGAAUACUAUGUUUUUCAAGAUCGGGAUAGCAGCCAUUUAACAUUUAUGAUAAUAAUUAUGAAAAAUAUAAAAUCUGAAAAUAAAAUUAAGGUACUGUCUUUAAAAUUUAUUUGAUUAACUGUUUAUAGAGGAAAGAUACAUCCACGUAAAACCAAGUUCUUACAAUAAAAUGACUAGUUCUCUACAAUAUUAUGAA